CUCGAGCUAUUUUAAAAGGUCAGAAGUUAUCGCUCGUUACACACGAGUUAUAAUGGAUUAACCCCCGCAAAGAAGCAGUCUUCUUCCUGUGAAUCAAGCUACAGCAAUAAUAUAAUAAAUAUUCGUUAAAGUUUUCAUAGUUAUACAGAUAUAAGUAAGAAAGAUUAAAUUUUUCAACUUUACUGGAUUACCACCUGUUGCUCCAAGAAGCACGUUAUUGUUUAAGUAGUGGGAAUCACAUCAAAUACAAUUUUGAAUCACAUGUAUUAAAUUAGAAAGCCAAUAAAGCAAUAAAAAAAGCUUUAUUACAUACAGGGCUUAAUAUUCUUAAAAAAGUUCAAAAACUUUCCGAAAGAUAAUAAAUACGGAGGCAGUAUGCAGUAUGCGGUUUUAGUUAUUGGUAGUGGUGGUAGAGAACAUGCCAUUGCUUGGAAACUUUCACAAUCUCCUUAUGUAAAUAAAAUUUAUGUUUCCCCUGGAAAUAGUGGAAUUUCAUCAGUUGAGAAAGUUUCUCUAGUCAAAUUAAAUGUUAAAGAUAAUAAGGAAGUAGCAACAUGGAGCAAAGAUAAUAAAGUAAAUUUGGUAAUUAUUGGUCCAGAAGAAUAUUUGGCUAAUGGAUUAGCAGAUGAAUUAAAGAAUGCAGGUAUUAAUUGUUUUGGUCCACAAAAAGCAGCAUCUAAAAUUGAAGCGGAUAAAUACUGGGCAAAAGAAUUCAUGGAUAAAUGUCAAAUUCCUACUGCAAGAUGGAAGGGAUUUGUAAAUGCAGAAGAAGCAAAGAAAUUUGUUAAAAGUGCACCAUAUCCAGCACUUGUAAUAAAAGCUUCAGGUUUAGCAGCUGGGAAAGGAGUCAUAGUAGCAAAAGAUAAAGAAGAAGCUUGUAGAGCUAUAGAUGAAAUAUUAAUAGACAGAAAAUUUGGGUCUGCUGGUGAAUCAAUAGUUGUAGAAGAAUUAUUAGAAGGAGAAGAAGUAUCUGUACUUGCAUUUACAGAUGGGAAAACUAUUGUGCCAAUGGCACCUGCACAAGAUCAUAAAAGAAUAUUUGAUGGAGAUACAGGACCAAAUACUGGUGGUAUGGGUGCUUAUUGCCCAUGUCCAUUGCUAAACAAAGCAGAUUAUGAAUUAGUGAAAGCAGACAUCUUACAAAAAACUGUUGACGGUCUUAGACAAGAACAAAUUUCAUAUGUUGGCGUAUUAUACGCUGGAUUAAUGUUAACAAAAGAAGGACCAAAAGUUCUAGAAUUUAACUGUAGAUUUGGAGAUCCUGAAACACAAGUAGUGUUACCAUUGUUGAAAUCAGAUUUAUUUAAUAUUAUGAAGGCCUGUUGUGAGGGUUCUUUAGUUGAAUCUGAAGUUAUAUGGGAAGAAAAUCUGUUUGCUGUUGGUGUUAUUUUAGCAUCUCGAGGAUAUCCAGUAUCAUCAUCAAAGGGUCAAGUUAUAAUCGGCGUCAAUGAUAUUUCGCGUGAAACAAAUCAAUUUGUUUUCCAUAGUGGUACAAGUAUCUCUUCUGAAGGAGAGUUAUUAACUAACGGUGGAAGAGUUUUGAUUACUGUAAGUUUAGCUCCUUCAUUGGCUUUGGCUGCUGCUAAAGCAACACGUGCCGCCCAAAUCAUUUCAUUCGAAGGAAAGCAAUUUAGAACAGAUAUAGCACAUAAAGGAAUAGCAAGGUCUAUAUUGCACCAUGGACAAUUGACAUAUAAAAGUAGUGGUGUGGACAUAGAAGCUGGAAAUUCAUUAGUUUCAGCUAUUAAACCAACAACUUACUCGACGCAACGUUUAGGUACAAUGGGUUCGAUUGGUAGUUUUGGUGGUUUAUUUGACAUAAAAGCUACUGGUUAUAAAGAUCCAAUCUUAAUAUCUGGAACCGAUGGUGUUGGAACUAAAUUAAAGAUAGCGUUUGAAUGUAAAAAACAUAAUACAGUGGGCAUAGAUUUAGUGGCUAUGUGUGUAAAUGAUGUUCUUGCACAUGGUGCUGAACCUUUAUUCUUUCUGGAUUAUUUUGCUUGUGGUAAAUUAAACGUUGAUAUAGCUAGCAAUGUUAUAAAUGGAAUAAGUGAAGGAUGUAGAAAAGCUGGAUGUUCAUUAAUAGGCGGGGAAACAGCAGAAAUGCCAGAUAUGUAUUCCAACGAAGAAUACGAUUUAGCCGGUUUUGCUGUGGGAGUAGUUGAAAGAAAUGAUUUGCUUCCACGUGUAAAUGACAUACAAGAAGGUGAUAUUGUAAUUGGCUUAUCAUCAAGUGGUGUGCAUAGUAAUGGAUUCAGUCUUGUUCGAAAAAUUUUAAAAUUAGCAAAUAAAAAAUAUUCAGAUGUGGCACCUUUCUCUGAAAAUAAUCGUACAAUCGGCGAAGAAUUGUUAGAGCCAACGAAAAUUUACGUAAAGGGAGUAAUUCCUGCUUUGCGCACGAAUUUAGUAAAAGCAUUUGCGCAUAUUACUGGAGGAGGUCUGACAGAAAACAUCCCAAGAAUUUUACCAAAAGAUAUGGGAGCAGUUUUGGAUGCAAAGACGUGGAUUAUUCAACCAAUUUUUGCUUGGUUGGCAACUGUAGGAGAAGUUAAUAAAGAAGAAAUGUUAAGAACGUUUAAUUGUGGCAUUGGUGCUAUCCUAAUUUGUUCGGAAAGAGAUAAAGACAAAGUGUUAAGUAAAUUACAAAUAGAAAAUGCUAAGAUUAUUGGACAUAUAAUUAAUUAUAAAAAAAAUCACACUAGAAUACACGUUAAAAAUUUUGAGGAAGCGUUAGAAUUGAAAAUGAGACAAUACAUACCAGAUAUAAUUUCACAAUUAAGUAAGCCUUUAAAAAAAGUGGGUGUUUUGAUAUCUGGUAGCGGAACCAAUUUACAAUCACUAAUUGAUGCAACUAAAGAUCGAUCUCAACAUAUUGGUGCAGAAAUUGUUAUAGUAAUAUCUAAUAAACCAAAUGUUGAAGGACUUAAACGAGCUGAAAAAGCUGGUAUUAAGACGGUGGUUAUUAAACAUACGGAUUAUCCUAAUCGAGACGCAUUCGAUGCAGCAAUGAAUGUUGAACUCAAUGCUUUUGGAGUUGAAAUAGUCUGUCUUGCUGGUUUCAUGCGCAUUUUAUCAGAUAAUUUCGUAAAUCAAUGGCGUGGUGCCUUAAUAAAUGUGCAUCCUUCAUUAUUACCAUCAUUUAAAGGUGCACAUGCACAUAGAGAUGUUUUAGCAGCUGGAGUACGUGUUUCUGGAUGUACAGUGCAUUUCGUGAAACCUGAUAUAGAUUCUGGAGCAAUCAUUGAACAAGCAGCAGUGCCUGUACUGCCACAUGACACUAUAGAAACUCUUCAAGAGCGAGUGAAGACAGUUGAACAUUGUAUCUUCCCACUAGCUCUAAAACAUUUAGCUACAGGAAGGAUACAGUUAAACGAAGAUAAUUCCAUUACAUGGAAUUAUUGAACUCAAGAUAUUAUGUAAUUAUUUUAUGUAUCAUUUGGUACAUUUAUAUAUAAUAUAUAUAUUUUUUUAAUUUGUAUACAUAUAUUAAAUUUUUUAUCAAUAGAAAUAAAUCAGUAUAGAAGUAUCAAAUUUUUUUAAAAGAAAUGUAAUAAAAUAAUCUAAUACAAUAAAACAGUAUGUUUUCUA